CCUUUUCUUCUUUUCUUCUUUGGGUUUAUUUACUUUAUUCUAUUUAUCUUUUGCUCUAUUUACCUCUGUAUGCUCUCUUUAUCCAAACACACCUUCAUCUUCUUGUCCUCCAUUGUUCAUAUUCAAUUCCAUUGUUUGAUGCUCACAACAGAAUACCAACACAAGCAAUAACCAAGACUAAUUACCAUUACACCUUUUUUUUGCUUCUCUUGCUUUUCUCUUUUUUCGGUCUUGAUCUCGUCCUUUUAAUCAGUGUUUUAUUUGAUUUGAUUUGAUUUAUUCUUCUCUUUCCACUCAUCUCAUCCCAUCUCAAGCAUAUUCUACCCUAAUAAUCUACUAAAAUGGUAGACGCUUCAAUAGCCAUCGAUGAUAACUUUUGUAAUAACUUCUGGGGCAAAGAUGAUAAAGGUGUUCAAGUCCUAUUCGACCACAUCUCUAAUAAUAUAGUCUUCGAUGACUUGAUUUUGUUUUAUAAAGAAAAAAUCAAAAUUGAAGAAGACUAUUCUAAAAAAUUACUAGUCCUAUCAAACAAAUAUUUUAAUUAUAAUCAAAAUAAUCAAAAUAUCCACGAUAACCAAGAUAAUAAUAAUAAUAAUAAUAACAAUAACAAUAACAAUAACAAUAACAAUAACAAUAACAAUAACAAUAACAAUAAUAACAAUAUUAACAACCAAAAUAACAACAAUGAUAACCUGUUUUGUUAUCCUUCCUUAAAAGAAACUCUCGAUAUCCUAAAACUAGAAACCUCUAAAAUCUCAAACUCUCAUCUUGACCAAUCCAUAAAAAUCUUAAACAAUUUCCUAAAACCUCUCAUCAACUUUCAAAACAACUUGCUUAAAAAUCAAUUGACAAUAAAAUCAAAAAUUUUCUCAAUUCUAAACUCGAAAAACAACCUUCAAAUAUCCAUCCAAAAUCUUUUAAACAACAACAACAACAACAACAAAUCAAACUCUCCCUCACCUCCCUCUUCUCCUUCUCCUGACUCGCUAAUAUCCCUAAAUAUCCAAUACAAAUCAAUCAUAGACAACUUCAUCUCCAUUUGGCAAUCUUCUUGCAACGAUCUACAAAACCUAGAAAUCAGCAAAUUCAACUUCAUCAAAAACAACCUAUGGAUCUUUAUCAAUAGCAUCUCCGAAACUUGUGUCAACGACUCAAAAUCCUGUGAAACCAUAAGGUUAUCAAUAGAAAACUCAAGCCCAAUCAACGAUAUAUCCAAUUUCAUCAACCUAAAUGCAACUGGCAAUGAAUACUUCUCUCCAGAUUUCUCCAUAUCAAUUAACAACAAUCAUACAACAGAAAAUUACUUUAACAACAACAACAAUACCAACAACGUAAUAUAUGAUAAAAAGGAUAAACGAUCAAAUUCUCCUUUAAUCUUAAACAAAGCUACAAUGCUACCUCCUCCAAAUUCAAAUCGUUUAAACUUCUCUCCUGCUUCUUCUCCUUCUCCUUCCUCUUCUUCUCCCUCUCCCUCUCCAAUUAUACCCCAGCCUAACAACAACUACCAUAAUAUGUCCAAAUCUUCUAUCAACUCAGAAGAGAUUGAUCAAACCGUCAUCCAUUACAAUCUCAACAACAACAAUAACAACAAUAAAAUUAUCAACUCUAAUGACUCAAAUUAUAUUCCUUCUCUACAAUCAAAUGGCUCUCAAUCAUCUACUCUAUCCUCCUCAACAAAUUCAAACCCAAUUUCGAUCUCAAACACAUCAAACACCUCAAACUCAAGUUAUUCAGAAUCAAAUAAUCUAAACAACAACCCAAAUCAUAACCUAAAUCACAAUUUGAACACAAAAUAUAAACACAAGACAUGGUCCUCCUCUCGUAAUAAUCGUCCUCUAUCUUGGAACUCUAAUAGAAUACAAUCCUCAAUCUCUGUUAGUAACAUGAGACCAAACCCAAGCUUUGCAACAAAUAACAACAACAAAAACAACAAUUAUCAUAAUCAUCACAGUAACAAUCACCACAAUAACACUAAUGGCGAAAACUCAAUGAACUCCUCGGUAAGCACUCUAAAGGGCGAUUUCAAACUAAAAUCUGUCUCAUCCCCAUCGCUUCAUAUGAGAGAUAAUAGUAUUAACCACAGUUUUAAUAACAAUAACUACAAUCGAAGUCCAAGUCCAAUUUCAAAAAUCGAUCAACCUAAAAUGACAAAUAGUGAAUCCAAAGUUAAUCUAGAUGAAUUGGGUGAAACUGAUGCAUUGAAGGCUGCAUUGGCUGAUUUAAAAAUAGGUGGAAAUGGUGACAUGAAGACUUUAAGACAACAGAAGUCUUUUAAAACAUCUCAAAAAAAGCCUCCACCGAUUGAUGAUGAUGAUAGUGAUGAGCGAAAUAAUUUUAGUUAUACAAAGAGUACUUCCAUUUUCAAGAACCCUUCACAAAAUAAUGUAAAUAACAAUAUUAAUAAUAAAAUCGAUAAUACAAUCGAUAACAUCAUCAAUAAUACCAUCGAUAAUGCAAAAACUUCUCCAAAAUUAGAUUCAAUUCAAAAUAGAAAUUCAAUGCAAAAUCAAGUUCUAAAAGAAGAAGAACAACAACAAUUUAGAUUGCAAUAUCAACAAUUGCAACAAAUGAAACACAUUCAACAAAUGCAGCAAGCGCAAAAGGUUCAACAGAUGCAACAAAUUCAAAUGCAAAAAAUGCAAUCUCAACAAGCUCAACAAGCUCAACAACCCCAAAAUUUAGGAAAAACUCAACAAUACCAAAGAAAACCACCUUCAAGAUCUCCAUCACCACAACAGUUUCAGCAACAGCGACAACAAAGACAACAACAAUUUCAGCAACAGUUCCAACAACAACAAAGUCCUCAAGUAAAAGUUGAAGAUCCUCAACAACAGCAAUUUUUAAGAAUUCAGCAAUUACAAAAAUUACAAAACCAAAGGCAAAUGAUGACUCAACCAAAUGGAAUUGCAGGUUCUCAGACCAAUCCAAACAUGGCAAUGAUGGAUCCAGGCCAUUCAAAUCAAAAUAUAAACAUGACGCAUCAAAUCACUCAAUCCAAAUCAAAUCCAAAUAUGUUGAAUCAAUAUCAACAACAAUCACCAGUCCAAACACACCCAAUGCAAAAUAUGCAAUCACCUCAAAAUUUUCAAAAUAGGCAAAAUGGACAAAAUAGUCUUCAAAAUUCACCAACCGGCAUUAAUAGUUUCAAUCCAGCAAAUGGUUCUAUGAAUCCAAUCAUUAAAACUGAACCCUCCCAAACUCAUCAGCAUCACCACCAUCGUUCCAAAUCUGCUAAUGCUGCACAUUCCAGAAAAUCAUUGCCCGAUGGUUUACCCGCAGUAUCGUCAACUGGAAGACCAGUUAUAAAACACGUCAGAGCAAAAUUUACAUAUCAAGCUCAAUUAGCAGAAGAGGUAUCAUUUAAAAGAAAGGACAUAAUGCUUGUCUUAUUCAUGCAAGAAGAUGGUUGGUGGGAAGUAGAACUUUUGAAAGAUAAAUCAGUUGGUUUAGCACCAUCGAAUUAUCUCUUUUAAUACUCCCUGAAACAAAUAAGGUUUUGAUUACUUUCUUUAAAUUUUAUUAUUAAUUUUUGAAUUUUUCCUUUACUUUCACUCAACUAAUUUUUUUUAAUUUUUGAUUUUUAUUCUUUCGUUUUAUUUUAUUAUUAUUAUUAUUAUUUUACUUCACUUCGUUUGUCUUUUUAGUGUCAAUAUGAAACAUGGACAAUUGUGAUUUGGCGAUUUUUUUAUUUUUUUCUGAAAUUUCUUUUUAUUGAUACUUCUUUGUUUUAGUUUUUAUUGUGUUUUUUGCGAUAUCAUCAUGCCUUACAUGGCUCAUUAAUUUUUUUGGUUUUUAUAGUCUAUUCUUUUUACUUUAGUAGUUUUAAAAGUAACUCAACAUUAAUUCGGCACUCGACAAGUUCG